AUGAGUUCAGAAGACUCUCAUACAAGUCUGCUGGACAAUCCCUCCUCACCGCUUGAGGAUCCUCCCCAAGAGUCAGAAUCCCGACCACCAGCCCCCUCACGUGCCUCAACAUUCGGACCAAAGUGCUGGAUAUGCAUGAGCGACAAGAGUGAAGAUGACCCUAAUAACCCUGCUGUCUGGCGGUCACCAUGCUCCUGCAGUCUGACAGCUCACGAAGCAUGCCUGUUAGACUGGGUAGCCGACCUGGAGAACCCGAAGAACAAGAACAAACAGUCAGGGCCUAUUCAAUGCCCACAAUGCAAAUCCGAGAUCAAGAUAUCGAGACCGAGAAGUUAUGUGGUAGACAGCGUUCGCACUAUCGAUCGUUCUCUCGGGAAGUUUGUCUUACCUGGCUUAGGGCUGUCUUUGGCCGGCUCUCUAUGGGCUGGAGCGUGGUUUCACGGAUUUCAAUCAGUUUAUUUGGUGUUUGGACACGAUGACGCGGAUCGAAUAUUCAGAUAUACCGCUUCGCGUCCAGAUUUUGCCUGGAUGUACAGCCUCAUACCGAUCAACCUGAUCCUGGCCCGGACAGAUUAUGCCGACUUCGCCUUACCGGGCAGCAGCCUGAUUCUACUUUCCACCCAAAUCACCGACAAGUUCGACAUUGACUAUACCAUCUGGCCCCCUUUACCAACUACAGUAUUCGCCUGCAUUCCCGCCAUGAGGUCACUCUACAACUGGUGCUAUCACAAGGCCUUCUGUGACCUUAACAGAAAGUGGUUGGCAGAGGUGCAGCCUGGGCACGUUCAGCAACCAGGUGAAGUGCAAGCUGAGAAUGCCCAGGAUUUCCAGGAGCAAGAAGCGCAAGAAGGAGACGUGCUUGUCGAAAUCGAGAUCAACGAUCAUGGCGCAGCCUUAGAGGAAGAUGAGGAGGGCGGCCCAGCAGGUGCUGCUAAUGACGGAGCUGGAGUACAGCCGCAGCAAGAAAACCAACACGUCCAACGAAUAUUGCGCCAAGAAUUCAUUGAAACUGGCAGUAUCGGGCAGACGAUUCUUGGCGCGUUAAUGUUCCCAGCGGUCGCAGCAGGAAUGGGCAACCUGAUCAGCUUUGCCCUACCCACAUCAUGGCUGACGUACCGAAACUACACAAAUGGUCGGCCAGGACUGCUGGCGACGAAGUGGGGCAGAAGUGUGGUUGGCGGUUGUCUGUUUGUUGUGCUCAAGGAUGCAAUAAUGCUGUACUGCAGAUGGAAGUUGGCGCAGGGGCAUCGUCAGAGGAGGAUCAUGAACUUCGAUAAGCAGACGAAGAAGUAUUCGGUAUGA